UUUAGAUGCCUAAUUUUCUCAGUUCCUUCGCUCCGCCGCACCGGCGAUCAGUCCAGAGGCGAUUCAGCGGAGGAGAAUGCGGAGAUUAUCUGCAGCUUUUCUUACAAGGCGAUGCUUCUCAUCGGAAUCCGAAAUUCCGAGCCUAUAUUCAUUCCUCCAACCAUCAAUUUUUGCACUGAAAACCCCCAAUCAUCAGCCACAGGAAUCGAGGAAGAAUCCCUACUCGGCUCCGAUUUCAGAAUCUCAGAAAUCCAACCUCGAAUCGGCGCUGCAGAAAUCUCUCUCCGGCAGCAACACCGACGAGGCAUGGAAGUCCUUCAAGGCUCUCAGCAACCGCUCGUGUCUUCCGAGUAAGUUCCUCACCAAUUCCUUAAUCGCGCACUUAUCAUCGCUUUCCGACACGCAUAAUCUCAAGCGAGCAUAUGCUUCGGUAGUUUACGUGCUGGAAAAGCAUCCGUCUCUGUUAGAAUUCGACACUGUGAAGGCACUUUUGAAUUCCUUUCGCGCUGCCAACACCAGCGCCCCUGCUUUCGCGCUGGUGAAAGCCAUGUUCAACAAUAGAUUCUUCAUGCCUUUUGAAAAUUGGGGGAAUAUCCUCAUCGAUAUAUGUAGGAAGAACGGUAGCUUUGCUGCUUUUGUUAGUGUGUUUCAUGAAACUUGCACCAUUGCUGUCGAUGAAAAACUUGAUUUCAUGAAGCCUGAUUUGACUGCUUGCAAUGCUGCCAUGGAGUUUUACUGCCAUGAAGCUGAAUCCAUUGCUGAUGCUGAGAAAGUAGUCGAAAUUAUGUCGACUUUAGGCCUCCAUCCCGAUGAUUGCACCUUCGAAUGCCUUGGUUAUUUGUAUGCAGUUAAAGGACUAAACAACAAGGUAGCAGAAUUAGAGAGUUUGAUAUGUAAGCUUGGAGUUUCUGAUAAAGCAAAGUUUUUUCAUAGUUUGGUUCGUGGGUACUCGAAAUCGGGCGAUAUAGAGUCGGUUUGCGCUACAAUUUUACGGGUUUUAAAAGAAUUCGAAGGAUUCGUUCUUAGUCAAGAAACUUGCAAUGAAGUGGUGAAAGGUUUUAUGCAAAACCACGAUUGGAAGAGCUUAUCGAAACUGAUUCUCGAGUGUCAAAAGUUGGAGCCUCCGUCGAUUGUUGUCGAAAAAUCUUUCGGAUACGGCAUUAUGGCAGCUUGUGUUAGUCAGGGCUUACUCGAUAAGGCGCACGGAAUCCUCGACGAAAUGAAUGCGCACGAGGUCUGCGUUGGGCUCGGCGUUUACGUCCCGAUCUUGAAUGCUUAUUGCAAAGAACGAAGAACGGCGGAAGGCGCUCAAUUGGUUACCGAGAUUAGUAGUUUAGGGCUACGGUUAAAUCCCGACAUAUACGACGCUCUAAUCGAGACGUCGAUGUCUUGCCAAGACUAUAAAUCAUCGUUCAGCAUAUUCCGCGACAUGCGAGAAUCGAGGAUAAGCGAGUUAAAGCCAAGUUACUUAACGAUCAUGACGGGUUUAACCGAGCACCAUCGCCCAGAGCUGAUGGCAGCAUUUCUAGACGAGGUCGUUAACGACCCGAGGAUCGAAAUCGCGACGCACGAUUGGAACUCGAUAAUCCAUGCUUUUUGCAAGGCCGGGAGAUUGGAAGACGCUCGAAGAACUUUCCGGAGAAUGAUCUUCCUCCAGUACGAACCCAACGAGCAGACGUACCUAUCGCUCAUCAACGGGUACGUCGCGCUCGAGAAAUACUUUAGUGUUCUGAUGCUGUGGAAUGAGGUGAAGAGGAAAAUAUCGAGCCACGGCGAGAAUCGGUUGAGGCUGGAUAAUAACCUCGUCGACGCGUUUCUUUACGCGCUGGUUAAGGGCGGAUUCUUCGACGCUGUGAUGCAGGUGGUGCAGAAAUCGCAGGAGAUGAAGAUGUUCGUCGAUAAAUGGAGAUACAAGCAGGCGUUCAUGGAGACGCAUAAGAAACUGAGAGUGGCGAAGCUGAGGAAGAGGAACUUUCAGAAGAUGGAGGCUUUGAUCGCCUUUAAAAACUGGGUUGGUUUGAGCUCGUGAUACCCGAUCGAAUCGAACGUGUGUCGAACUAGUAAAGUAUGAUAUAUUCGAGAAGCUUGAUUAAUCGUAUUUUUGUCGAAGAUCUUGUGCAGGGAUUGAUGGAUCAAUGGAAGAUCGUUUGUAUCGACUGCUAAAGUAUAAUGUAUUCGAGAAGCUGGAAUUCGAAUUCCGUGAGCUCAGAGAAAACAAAAAAAACGAGCAUCGCUGUCGCAUGAUGUCGGAGAUGAACAGCAAACAGAGUUGAAGAUUAAACAACAAUUCAUGGAGGCAACGUGGAUCUCAAAUUCGCAAUCCACAAAAAUCCCCCUACCGCAUCCCUCCAAAACCCCUGUUCAUUCCCCGUCACUCAAUUUCUCUCACUAAUCAAUCGCCAAUGGCGAUUUUCAACAACGUACGCACGAAAUCCAGCCACCAAUGCUCCAAACCCCCCGAUUCAUUUCCCCCAUCGUUUUCACAACUCCAACUUCCAGAUUCCCCCAAUUUCAGAAUUCGUGGCCACUAUCUGUCGAAAUCUUCGUCGCUCCGAGAAAUCCGACUCGAAUCGAUGGAUUCUCGUCGAUGAUUAUGAUUCUCU